UUCUAUCUACAUCUGCUUCUUUUGACAUUCUUUUGGAGUCACAUUUCCCACUUGGCUGUAGUCACUAUUGCGGAAGAUAGACUGGGCUGCCCAUUCAAGGUUGCUUACUGGCUUUUGCCAUAGUGUUUGUGAUAUAGAUAUAUGAUGACCAAUCAUAUCGAGGUUCCGAUUUCUGAUGGCCAUCACUUGAGCCUAGAAGAACUACCCAAACCAUGCUGGACACAGCAUUGCGGUUGGCUGAGGAGGAAUCUUCUUUUAAUUUUGACAAUAGCAGGUGUGAUUUUUGGCUCUGUGUUUGGCUGUCUUCUUCGACUACUUCCUCCUUUGGAUGGAAAUAUCUUGAUAUUGAUAUCAUUUCCAGGAGAUAUUCUCAUGCGGAUGUUGAAAAUGUUGAUCUUGCCAUUGAUUAUCUCCAGCUUAAUUUCUGGUCUGGCUGGUCUUGAUGCCAAAUCUAGUGGACGGAUGGGAUCCAGAGCCAUGAUCUAUUACAUGUCAACCACAAUCCUGGCAGCACUGCUAGGAGUUAUUUUGGUUCUUUCUAUACAUCCUGGUAACCCCAAGUUGAAGAAACAAGUCACUGUUUCAACCAAAAAUGAAGAAGUUUCUAGUAUUGAUGCUUUUCUGGAUCUUAUUCGCAAUCUCUUUCCAGAGAAUUUAGUACAAGCAUGUUUUCAACAGAUACAGACUGUUUCCAAGAAGGUUCCUGCACCUCCCUCUCCUCUCGAUCUAAUCAAUCCUGUGAAUAUUACUAGUUUGCAAAGUAAUGUAACUCAUAUAAAUAGCAGCAUAACUGAGGGGAACACUGGACCUGUGAUGAUCACACAGAAGAAGCUGGAGUUCAAAGGUGGAAUGAAUGUACUUGGUCUCAUUGGUUUCUUCAUUGCAUUUGGCAUUUCAAUGGGGAAGAUGGGAGACCAAGCCAAGAUCAUGGCUGAUUUCUUUAAUAUCUUAAAUGAGAUAAUAAUGAAACUUGUCAACAUGAUUAUGUGGUAUUCACCAUUAGGGAUUGCAUCUCUUAUUUGUGGUAAGAUUGCAGCUAUCAAGGACCUUGAGACCGUGGCCAGACAGUUGGGAAUGUACAUGGUGACUGUCAUCGUGGGUCUUGUCAUUCAUGGAGGGAUGAUCUUACCCCUCAUAUUUUUCACAGUUACCAGGAAAAACCCAUACGCUUUUUAUGGUGGCAUAUUCCAGGCAUGGAUAACUGCUUUAGGCACAGCAUCCAGUGCCGGCACUCUUCCUGUGACUUUCCGCUGUCUAGAAGAGAACCUGAAGAUUGACAAGCGUGUUACUCGAUUUGUUCUGCCUAUUGGAGCUACAAUUAACAUGGAUGGCACAGCUUUAUAUGAGGCAGUGGCAGCCAUCUUUAUUGCACAAAUGAAUGACGUGUCUCUUGAUGCUGGUCAGAUAGCAACAGUAAGUCUAACAGCCACCUUGGCCAGUGUAGGGGCAGCAAGUAUCCCAAGCGCUGGUCUUGUUACAAUGUUACUCAUCUUAACAGCUGUGGGCCUCCCAACUCAGGAUAUUAGUCUGCUCAUAGCAGUGGACUGGUUGUUAGACCGUAUGAGAACAUCUAUCAAUGUAGUGGGUGAUUCCUUUGGAGCUGGCAUAAUCUACCAUUUAUCGAAAGCGGAGCUUGCUGCCAUAGAUGCUAAACAUGACAUUAAAGAUGGGACAGAUAUGGUCAAGAUGCAUUUAAUGAACCACAAAGUCCUCCAAAAACCCGUCAGAGAGGACAUAAACACCCCAACUUUUUCAGGUUAUGCCUCCCUACCUACUGAUGAAUAUCAAGUUGACGUUGAACCUCCUCUUUCUCUUUAGUUCUCCAUAUAUUCUGCACAUCAACACCAGCAGCUGGCCCUUGUACAACUCACAGUUUCUCCACCUUUGUGAUACCAGCAAGAACUAUCCAGUUAAUUCUAAUUAUAUUUGGGACUGAUUAGUGAAUAGAAGGACAAAUUGCAGACCUGGUAUUACAAGUGUGAAAGAUCAAGAUCAACAUAGUUACCUGGUGCUAUUUAAACUUCAAAUAGAAAUUGCUCAGCUGGUUACUUUAGAGUGCUCUUGUUUGUUGGAAUAUUAUCCUAUUACAUGUGAUAGAAACAUGGAUGUAAGGUAUAGGGGCUGCAUAUAGAAUGUCUACAAAAAUCAAAUUAUCAAGGUAUUUAUGGAAAUCUGGGGUCAAUCAUUGAAUUUAAAUAUUGCAAUUUGACCUUAUGAUCACUUCAAACAAACAAACCUUGUUGAAAAAUUGUGCUGCCUAUGAAAGAUUGUGGAUAAUUUAUAGUAGCAUGAAGGGAUUUGAGUACAUAUCAGAUAACUAUGAUAUCUUAAAACGAUUCAAAAUAUUUUUCCACAUUAUAAGAGAAUUUUCCAUGGGAACAGAAUCUCUCCAAUAUAUCAGUGAUGUGAUCACCACAUAUAUUUAGGUGAAUCCAUUGCUUAAUCUGAUUGCUAUUGAAUGAGCCUAUUUCGAACAUGAUAUUCUGAAAAAAAAUUAACAAUUCCAAACCAUCAGUAGAACUGUAAUAUAUGGUAUCUCGUGAAUUUUCUAAAUGCUAACUAGAGAUAGGCACCAUCUUGCACUCCUGUUGCAGUGGACAACACUCCCCUGAUUUCCAGCCUUCAGAAAACAUAAUUCCUUUUGUCAAAUAAGGAUCUGUCAUGGAUUGAAUAGGAGAAGGGGGAUACCAUAAUUUAAUAUUUU